AUGGCAUCCCCAGCAGAAAAAGCCCAAUCCCUAACUCCCUCCGCCGUCCAGGCCGCAUACACUCUGAUCCAACCCUACGUGCAUCGCACCCCACUUCUAACCUGCAAAACCCUCGACACGAUCGCAUCCACCCCGCAGACACCAGAGGCGCUCGUCGGCACACCAUUCGAGGGCCAGACACCCGCUCGCCCCAAAUUUCGCUUCUUCUUCAAGUGUGAGAAUCUACAGCGGAUUGGCGCGUUCAAGGCCCGAGGUGCAUUCCAUGCUUUGCUGCGGUUGAUUGAGGAACGUGGGGAAGAGGAGGUUAAGCGGCACGGUGUGAUUACGCAUAGUUCUGGUAACCAUGCGCAAGCCCUCGCCCUCGCCGCCUCGACGCUCGGUGUUCCCGCUUAUAUCGUGAUGCCGAGUAUCAGCACUUCGUCCAAGAUUGCAGGGACACGCUCCCACGGCGCGGAGGUCAUUUUCAGUGGAUCAACGAGUGUUGAGCGUGAGGCGAUGGUCGAAGAAAUUCAGGCAAAGACAAAUGCAAUCCUGGUACCUCCAUAUGAUGACUUCAAUAUCAUCUGUGGACAGGGAACGACGGCGUUGGAGCUGGAGGCUCAAUAUGCGGAGCAAGCUGGGUCCAAGACUCUAGAUGCAGUCAUCACUCCGGUUGGUGGAGGUGGAUUGAACGCUGGUGUCGCGACAUACUUCUCGGAUAAGAAGACCAAGGUGUUUGGGGCAGAGCCCAGCUUCGAGGGUGCGGAUGAUUGUCGUCGGGGUUUGUUGGCCGGCAAGCGUGUUGAGGCUGUAUCAACGCUGACUAUUGGAGAUGGUCUUCGUACACCGGUGGGAGUGUUGAACUGGGAGGUAAUCUCCAACAAGAAGAAGGUUGAGGGGGUGUUCGCUGUCACUGAGGAACAGAUCAAGGCGACCAUGCGCCUCGUUUUGGAACGCAUGAAGGUGUUUGUCGAGCCAAGCGCCGUUGUUGGUCUGGCUGUGUGCCUCUUCGAUGAAGAUUUCCGUCGACUGGUUGAGCGGGAAGGUGGAGAUCAGGGAUGGGACAUGGCCAUUGUCUUCAGCGGUGGUAAUACCACCGUCGAGGCGAUCAGCAAGCUAUUUGGUUGA